AUGUCAGAGCCAGAGCUGAUUCCAGUUUCGGUAGAGCUGUCUUAUCAUCACUCCUGUAACAUCAACGCGACCAACGAGACUACCCUCCUCCGACGGCCGGCCAAUGAGCGCCUUCCUUCCCCGGUGCGCGUGCGCAGGAGGAAGUUUUCAAAUGGGGAGCAGUGCAGGCGUGGUUGGCCUCGGUCUCGCGCGCUUCUGUUCGCAGCCUCCGGGCUGACAGUCGCCGCCGCCGCCGCCGCCAUGGAGUCGCUGGGCCAUGAUAAAGCUAAAACCCUGCUAUUGCAAAGAUUCAAGGAUAUAGAGAUGCAGUCUCAGUCAGAGGAGCUUAAGUCCUCUUGUGCCCAGGAAUUUACAGUAAGCUCCCCUAGCUUAUCAUGUAGCUCGGCUUCGAGUUUCAGCAGGGACCAAGAUCAAGUUUCAACUCCUAGCAAACAGAAAAAAGAGCCAGAUCAGUUUAGUUGUCUGAAGAAUGCCUUUAAUAUCUUCAUGUUGCCAUCACCCGAUACAAAAGGCAAAGAUUCAGAUGAGAGCGAAUCGGAAGAUGCUAAAGCACCAGAGGAAAGCCGUAUGUCUCCGCCAGAUGACGAUGUUGAUGUGCAGUCCUUAGGAUCACCUGCUCUUUUGUUAGAAGAAGAAGAAGAAGAAGAGGGACUAUGUAGAGGAAAGCUGCUUAUUGAUGAAGUGGCAACCGUUACAGAUUUACGGAACGGUAGAGAUGUUGGAGAACAAAAUUGUUCAGCUACAUCUUCUGGUCAGAGAAAGACGUGUGAGCCCUUAGCUUUGUUACAAUCCAUGCAACGAAAUAUCAAUGUACAGCUGGAAGAGUGUGAGUUUUUGAUAGAGGAAUCAUUUGGGGGGACUUCUACAUCUUGGAUUUCAGCAUCCCAAAAGAAAAAACAGCCACAGAAAAAUAGCUUAAGAGCUGCAUCACUUGAAGGACAAAAAAGAACCCAGCAACACAGUUUAAAAAGAAAGAGCAAACAGGUAUCAGAAAAACUUGCUUCACCAACCUCAGCAAAGAAAAUCAAAACGAAGUUAGCUAAUUUCACUGAAAGAGAUAUUGAUGGAUUGCAGAAUGCUUCAAGGACUAAUGAAAUGAUGACUAUGGUAGAUGACCAGUCAAAACUGGCUGUAAGUACCAUCCAAGAGGUAAGGACGCAAAUGGAUUCCAAAGAUAAGGCAUCAAUAGAAAUAAGAAAUAAAAGUUACCAGGACUCUACAAACAGAAGCCAGUCAGACGACUUCGCAGCUUUGCUGGAAGAGGACCACGGUUUUUCAGUGCUGCCACAGCCUGUUAUAAAUACAGCACAGCACACAUCCCAGAGUAAACCAUUUGUGAGGCAGAAAAGUGCAAAUAUUACGCCCCUGAGAGAAGCACAUAAUGUAGCUUGCCAAGCUUCUGCAAGUCAAGAUGUGAACUCAGAAGAACCACUUAGUGUUCUAGAAUGCGUCCGUCUUUCAAAAGUGACACUGUCUGGGGGAAGAACAACUGAGCAAUUACCUUGCAGUAAAAAUGCUGUGAAAGAAAUAAGUUCAAAAAUGGAACGAUCAGUACAAUUGCAUAAUGAUAGCCGAAGGUGCACAACUACAGUCAUGUCCUCAGAGCUUUGCCAAAAGUCUGCGGAUACAAACAUAUCUUCUGAGGACUUGGUUUCUGUUGUAAAACCCAUUAUUUCAAAUGGUCCUACAGCUCAACAGUCUUCCCAUAAUAAAUGGGCUAGGAAGAAAAAGCCUCCAAGAACUAAACUACCUAAAAAACAACAGGAAAACCAACGGAAACCUAAAAACCAACAGGAAAACCAGCAGAAACCUAAAAAACAACAGGAAAACCAGCAGAAACCUAAAAAACAACAGGAAAAACAACAGGGAAAUCAAUGGAAGAAUGUGAAGAAAUCUGUUAGAGCUGCUAGAAAGAAAAACAGGGUGUUGGUUUCAGAUGAGAGUUCUGAAAGUGAGCGUGAAGAGGAACAGUGUGAUAAAUGGGGUAAAAGUCUUCAUAAGAUAAGAAGAAAUGAAUCACAGAAAACACCACCUCAAAUAAGUCAGACUUUUUUGGUAAGUUCAGAAGAUAACGAUUAUGGAAAUGUAUCCUACCAAGAGGAUUCUUAUGGACAGUCUGUGGCAGAAGAAAGCUUCAAUGCUUCUACGAAACAACAAAGCAACAAUGCACAUUCAUUGUAUGGCCUGGUUUGUAGUAAUAAAACAUCUUCCAAACGCAAGAAGUUAUUUAACACAGAGGAUCCAUAUUCACAUGAAUCUGGAAUUGUGGAGGAGGACUUUGUUUUAAGUUCAGUGAAGCAUAAACUAGUUUUGCCUACCAACACUCCCAAUGUUCGCCGCACUAAAAGAAGACGUAUUAAACCACUGGAGUAUUGGCGAGGAGAGCGUGUGGACUAUAAGGCGAGACCUUCAGGAGGCUUUGUAGUUGGAGGGAUAAUAUCACCUGAACAGAGAGAACCUGGAAAACCUAAACCUGCAAAGACAAUAAAACGUGUUCUGGAGUUGGAAAACCUACCAGAUGACUCGCUGAUUUCCUUAAAAGAUCCUUUGCAGCCAGUUGUGGUGUUUGAUAGAGCAUCUAAUCAGCAGGUUCUUCUAGAUUGCGUGAGGAGUGGUAGUAGUUCAAAUACGUUUUGCAUCGAUAAUGAGAAAUUGACCAUAUAUAAAUAUCUGACUACACCUUCCUUUUCUGCUGGCAAAAUGAUACUAAAACCACUGAAAGAAAAGGGACAACAGUAUUCCCACACAGAUACACUGGUUUUUCAUAUUGCUCGUGGCAAACUUCUUUUGACUAUGUAUGACCAAUGUUAUUGUCUGACGGUUGGAGACUAUUUCUUUGUCCCACCAGGGAAUAUAUACAACAUACAUAAUCUCUUGAGGAAAGAAUGUGUAAUCCUUUUCACACAGCUGAAAGGAGACAGGUCAGAAAAUCAAUAAAACUUAUCCUCAAAUCUGUAUUCUGGGCGCAACUUGGACAUCAUCUCACGCUAAAACAAGUUAGAGAGGUUCUCCGGAAUCCUGUUUCUUUAUUGGCUCUAGUUAUGCUGUUUCCAGGACAAGAAACCUGUUUCCACAGUUGAGUUGUAUGAUUUCCUGAUUUUAUAUUUCACAAGCUCUCUUUGUUUUUCAUAAUAAAGUACAUAAUAUGUCAACCUAUAUUGGACAAAUGUGUUAAGCCUUAAAAGCAAUUUGCUGCCCUGUUUUGCUGGUGCAAUAGUGCAACGGUGCCAGAGGUGGAAGCCAGGCUACUCUGAAGGUUCUUCAUACAAAUUGCCACCCUUGGCCAGAGUGGAGGAAAGGAUAGAGAAUAUUUGUGCAGGGAUACUAGUGCCGGAGCCUCCAUUACGCUCUUCAUUGCUCAAUACAGCAUCAGCUGAAGCUCUUCGUGUAAAAAGAAAAAUAUGUUUGCUCCUUUUUGUGUUUAAGUUGUAAUUGUAAUAUUGCUGGCGUGGUUUUGUUCUUCAAAAGGUGAAGUUUUCAGGAGCAUUAAAUGUAGGAAUCACUUUGCUCCCUUGUUAUGGUUCCACAGACUUAAGUUGUAAACCAAGCUUGCUCUCAGUUCUGCUGAAAACGUGGUAAGAGUUUGUUGUGGCACGUGUGCCUUUUCCUGAUUAGUCUCAUCUGGUUUGGGAGGCAUUUGUCCACUUAUUUUGUCUAGGGUUCCCAAUGUUAAUGUCUGCUUCCUAUUCAUCCUGUUAACUUGAUAAACUGGUUAGUUCAGAUAUUG